AUGUGGCCUGGACCUUCAGAUCAGCUGAUGCCUAUCUUGAGUAUGAUCCCCUCUGCAUAUCUUGACCACGUCAUAGUACUUGCUACCAAGAAGUUCAUCGGCAAAAGUCUCGACGAUCCAAAGGUUGCCCGCAACAGGUGCAUUGAGAGGCUUAAUUGCUGGCUUGUAGAUCUCGGUCUCUUCUAUCCCUCGAUCUAUCAGUCUUCUUCAAUAGGUGCCACGGUUCUCUACCCUUUUCUCGCGUUGAAAUUCACCAUCGCUGAGCUCGGUACCCACCUACGGUCUCUUCACCCCGCAGAUGCCGCCACAAUCGUCUUGCACAACUGGAUCAAGCCUUCCAUACUGGAAGUACCGGACCCUGAAUUAUCAGAGUCUGACAUUACAGACUCUGACGUUCCAAGUGUAACAAGCAAUACCACACCGGAUACAGUACGCGACCUACCACUACAACCUCCACCAACCGUUCACAGUCGGCACGGCUCCAAGACUGAAGAUCCCUUUCAUACCUAUGGACUGAGAUAUACUGUGUCUCGGUCCCCUGAUCGGUCUCGUACCCACCGAGCGACCCUUGAAGAACGUCAGGAGAUUUUUGAUACCAUUGCAUCGACGCUCCAUGAUCGCUGCAAGCCAGAUCAGAAUGAUUUCUAUCCAAGUCGGGGUGGAGCCUGGUUUCAUCUGUUCACUUUGUUGAGCGAAAACAAGAUUGAUUAUGCUGGUUGGCUCAGUGAUUUGUUUCAAGUGCUGAAGCAUCACAAGUCACCCGUGUGGACAUAUUAUCUGUUUGCGAAGCUUACUAGAGCCAACGUUCGCAUCCCUUAUCCGGUGGCUGUGGAUAUUAUGCGAUAUUUCAUCGACAUAGAGAAAACACAAUGGGCGUUGGACGUCUUCAACCGUUCGCAAAGCCACCAAUGGCUCUCGAGUGUACCGGAGUUGUUGUUUGCUUUGACCGACAGUCGCGCGGUCAGGUCUCAAGCUGUAUUUGAUUUGCUGAAACGACCAGACUAUGCAAACUCUCUGCCAACGGAAUUGCGUUCAGUAGCCAACAACCCUCUGUCACACGAGAGGAUACAGCUGGUGCAUCAUGUCGCGUACGCCAUGGCCAAGUCGCCACUAUUGACCUCACGGAUGGCCUUCAGGAAGGUAUGCGAUUGCUUGAACUACCUACAGGACCGAGGCGCACCACUUUCAAGCCUCAUGUCUCGGGCUCUUGUCUAUGCUGGAGUGACUCGUCCGCUCCGAGAAGGUAUCUGGCUCAGUACUGAAAAGUUUCAAUGGAUCCUUAUGUUCGUUCGCCGUCUCGAAGGCGAUGAAGUGGCAGACAGCCUCGAUGAAGCGGCCUUUACGCUCAGGAGUGAGAACCUUGAGCUAGAUAAGGCACGAAUGAAGCCAUUGGACGAAAUGCAACAGGAAGCAGAUCACAUCGCUUGGGAGUAUCGAAAGCGGUUCGGUCACGGAUCUCAUCAAUCGGAGAAUAUCACGUCACCCUACAAAACCGUCACACCCAAGAGGACUAGAGUCCAAAGAAGACUUGAGUUCGCUGCAACAGUCUCUCAGAAGGAAAGUAAAUAG